AUGGUGACGUACAUAACUUCGAAAAUGGACGCGGUCGCAUUAAGCGACAUCGUGUCCACCAUCGUUUCCUGUUAUGCUUUCGAUGUGGGUAUCUACCUCAAACUACUUCUUCGCUUGCCGUCUUCGAAUUUGUUCGAUUAUCGUAUCGUCUAUGCAAGAUGGCUGCGCUUCUGCUUUUUGCCUCUCCAGUAUCGCUCUCUUCCGCGAUUUUCUGUCAUCAAGAUAUUUGGGCGCAGAUUUUUACUCUUUUUGCUUCCGUCGUUUGUUAUGGACAUGGAGAAGCAGCUGUCUCAUGACCGGGCGAUCGAAAAUUUGGUGAAAUUUGCAUCACAGUUAAAGGAGAAUUUGAGCAGCAGUGAUUCAGUAGCAGAUUCCUCAGCUGUAUUUGCUUUUCCAUGUUGGAUUCAUCGUCCUUCAGCAAAACUAGGACGUCAGAUUUGGCCUACAGAAAAUAAUUUCCGACGUCUCGAUACAGAGCUUGAACUGGACUGCCUAACACCACAAGGCAUUUUUUCUUUUUCCGAUGGGCUCGUGAAUUUUGUCAGAGAUUUGAAAUUAAGCCGGGAUAAAGACGAGGAGCUCGAUGAAUCGACGAUGCUACGUAUAAUUGGCCGUACAGAAAUGGACAAAGAAGUACCAAAAUUGUUUGCUUACGAUAUGGAUCCGUUUGAGUUGGAUAUUGCAAGGGGCAAGGCAGCACGGCAAGAGGUCAUAUAUUUGUUUCAGUUUUACAACUUUCUGGGGUUCUUUUUUUGA